AUGGCCUCGCAAACUUUGAACGUUGCCCGCUACACAGCUCUCUUCACCGGCGUCUUUUACGGCUUCUACCACCGACGGACACUUCAGGCAGCUCACGAUGCGCAGAAGGUCCAAAAUGCAGUACACGAACGAGAGCAUUUGAUAGCCCAGGCCAAGGAGGCAUGGAAAAAGAAGCAGGCUCCAACGUCAUCCAACGAUGGUGUCAUAACAGAUCCAGAAGAUCCUCGGUUCGACUUGGAAAAACUGUUAAUAAAAUGGGAGCACGACGCUGCCUAA